AACACACAAUCUACUGCACAGCUGUGGCUACACUGUUCAGCUUCUACGUGUUCUAACAAACUAGUUCAGUCAAGGAAGAAGAUUCGUGAAACUGGUAGCUGGUGAUCAUGAAGAAUGCUGUGACACGAUGAAGCUAGAUACUGAAGUUGAACAAAUGUGAAUUAUAUACAUGCUUGUGCCGAUUCACAAUAGUUGGAUUAUGUGAAGAAAAUAAUUCCUGUUAUCAAAUAAGUGAAGGAUCCUAAUGUUAGACGAGAGAUUACUGUCUGUUUGUACAAUCAGCUAGCAAACUCGACGUCUCCGACAUAAAAACAUAGAAGUGGAUUAAAUAGUUCCGAGGCGAAUGUGGAUUCAUUAUGUUGAUAGCGGCGGUAAUUAUCAUUCUCUCGUUUGUUAUGAAUGGACUUUGUAACACGACAUCGUGUCCAUGCGACUUCCACGAUACAGUAGCCAACUGUUCUUAUAAAAAUUUUACAAAAGUGCCUAAUUGCAUACCUGAUAACAUAACCGUCCUUUUCUUCGUUAAUAACACCCUCACAGAAAUAGACAACGAAACAUUUUCCAGUUGGCCAAAUCUUACAUAUAUUGAUGUCACAAAUAACUCGAUUAUCAAUAUAUCACAGGACGCGUACAGCAGUCUUACUUUUUUAGAAACGUUGAUUUUAAAUAACAACGUUAUGGGUGUUGACACUAUAAAAUCUGCAUUCAAGUCGUUAAAUCAAGGACAUCUGAAGUACCUGGGAUUGACUAAUGUCAUGACUAAUCGAGAAAUGAAAGAUGAUUUCUUUUACAAUCUGAACGAGUCAGGAAUUACACAUCUGAAACUGAUGUGGAACAACAUAGAACGAUUUAACAUGUCUGUGUUUCGUAUUUUUAAACAUUUGAAGAAUGUCGACCUUAGUUACAAUUUUAUUUCCGUGUUAAACCUGGCGCCAGACAUCCAAAUCCAAACGCUGACUGUAAAUAAUAACAAAGUGUCGAUAAUUAACGGACACAAUCACAGCUAUGAAAUGAGAUACCUGACAAAACUCCACUUGAAGCAUAAUGACAUUGUGUACUUAAAACAGCACUUCUUCCGUUUCUUCCCUAAUAUUGAGAUGGUUGAUCUUUCUGAAAGCCCCGCCUCGGUAAUAUACAAAAAUGCAUUUUCUUCUCUACAAAAUCUAACGAUUAUAAAACUCGAUAAUAUGUGCGGAUUAAGAAGGAUCGAAGAGAACGCAUUCAACAACAGACACGUAAAAUACAUUUCUCUAAAGAAUAACUAUUUGGAUUUUUCCAAAGAAGAACACUACUCCCAUAAUAUGUUUAACGGUUGUACGAACUUAGUUCAGUUAAACCUUUCUGGAAAUUUGAUGAUGGAUGCAAACAGUGCAUACCUUACCAAUUUAUUUAAGCCAGUGAACCGUACUAUAAAAACUAUAUUCUUAGACCAUUGCAUACUGCGGAUAUUACCCGAGACGUUUUCAUUGUUCCCAGCACUCACACAUCUAUACCUUAUUGGUAACGAACUCGCAUCCAUUAGCCAUUCGUAUUUCCCACCAACGCUACGCUUGCUUAAUGUCAAAGAUAAUGAAAUCACAACAGUUAACGAGUCAUCCAUACCAGCAAAUUUAACCAACUUAAAAAUAAAUUUAGCCCUCAACCAAUUUGAUUGCACAUGCGACUUGAUGUGGUUUGUGAAUCUUCUUGAAGCUACCAACAGCAGCAAUACGUUUUACCAGCACAGUGAGUCUUAUACAUGCUCAAGUCCUCGUCCCGAAUACAAAAAGUCUUUAAGAAGAUUUGCUAAAACAAUAAGCGAGCAGAAGUGUUUGCUAGCAUCUAGCACGAUUCUUAUGAUCAUUGCUGCUUUAACGUUCUUGUUUAUCCUCAUCAUUGUGGGAACACUACUGUACCACUAUAGGUGGCACUUCCGUUACUUCCUGUACAUGCUGCGCAGUAGCCGUCUGGCCAGAGAAGCAGACGACGAUUGUGAGUACGUAUUUGAUGCAUUUGUGGCUUAUUCACCGAAAGAUCUGAAAUGGAUUCUCGAACAGGCUAUACCGAAUCUUGAAGAAAGUGAGCAUUUUCAGUUGUGCAUUCAUCAAAGAGACUUUCAGCUAGGCGGCUUGCUUGUGGAUGACAUUCUGCAGUGUAUUAACUCUAGUAAGAAAUUCAUCAUACUUUUAUCAGACAAGUUUGCCCGGAGUCAGUGGUGUCAGUUUGUACUGGCCGUCAUUCAAAGACAGCUUCGUACCCAGUGUCGGGAUAUCCUGAUUGUAGUGAAACUGGGCAAGAUUGACACGAAACACUUAAGCCCAUCGAUGUUUGAUCUUCUUACAACAAAAAACUACAUGGAGUGGUCAGAAGACCUUAGGGCAAGGCCAUCAUUCUGGAGAGGACUAGUUCAGUACAUGAAACAGCGACCCAACCUGAUACAGUCAUGCAGUCAGCCUAACCCAUCACGGAAAGUUGAACGACCCAAUGUCUGCGAAAGAUCCUUGUCUGAACAUCCCGGCACGUCUCGAGACAUUUGUGAGGAUGAUCCAAGAUAUCGCUGCACUGUCUGAUAGUCCGAACAAUCUCGGCCACAGAACACAUCUGUACUUUUCGUUUAACGUUUAACCUAAGACACGUGAACUAAGUCAAGUCAUAGUGUCGCUAAACGAGAAACAUCCGCUCCCUCAAGUUAAAUUAUCAUAAUAAAAGAAUUUGCCUCAUC